CUAAAACAGCGUUGUCGUCACUUCCCGGCGGACCGUCGUCGACCACACAGUCUCGUCUCUUCUCAACGGCAGCCGGCUCUUCCCCCAUAUCCUUCAUUGGUCCGACUCUUUCUCCCCCUGUUUAGGGAUAAGUAUUGGAUUCAGCUAAGAAAUCUCCCUGUUAUUCUGGGCUCAAGGUAAUCAUUCACGAUGCCUUCUUUCUCUAUGCAGUUAUUUUUCUUCUUUCUUUUUUUUCCAUAUUAACCAUACCCUUCAAAAAAAUAUGUAGACUUUGCCCUAUUUUUGUUGUUGAUUCUCUCCAAUUUCAGGUCCAAAAGGAAAUAUUAGAUAAUCAAGGGUAGGUGUUUAUUGGAUAUCCAUAUAGGAUUUAGAACAUAGGGUCUUACAAUGGAAGAGGAUUUGCUCACAAGUUUGUCUAUAGAGAAUCAUCACCCAUAUACACUGUUGUCCAUGGAUUCAAUUGCAAUCCCUCAUGAGGAAUUUGAUAGAGAUAUGAAUCGAUCCGACGUUCAUUCUGGACCUCCGGAUAUUAAUCUUCCCUUGUCUGCUGAGCGUAGUCCUCCUCCACAGUUGUUGAAUUCGGACUCAUUUGAUAUGCUAGAUGUUGGCCUCGGUCCUCAAGUUAGUGAAUCUGAUACUUCGCUUAGUGUGUCAAAGAUAGGGCGUAAAUGUGCCAAGAGAUUGGAUAGUGUAUGGGGUGCUUGGUUUUUCUUUACUUACUACUUUAGGCCUGUUUUGAAUGAGAAAUCAAAAGCCAAGGUGAUUAGGGAUAGUAAUGGAGUUUCUGGGUUUGAUAAGUCGGAUUUGGAGGUAGAGGUGUUCCUAGUUCAGCAUGAUAUGGAGAAUAUGUAUAUGUGGGUUUUUAAGGGAAGGCCUGAAAAUGCAUUGGGUAAGAUGCAACUGAGGAGUUACAUGAAUGGGCAUUCGCGUCAAGGGGAACGUCCCUUUCCAUUUAGUGUUGAUAAGGGGUUUGUUAGAUCGCAUAGAAUGCAGAGGAAGAAUUACAGGGGUCUUUCUAAUCCUCAAUGUGUACAUGGGAUUGAGGUUGUUUCAUCACCCAAUCUCAAGGGUCUUGAUGAAGAUGAGCAAAAAAGGUGGAUGGAACUUACAGGAAGGGAUUUGAACUUUGCUGUCCCACCUGAAGCAAGCGAAUUUUGUUCUUGGAGGAAUCUUCCCAGCACAGAAUUUGAGCUCGAGAGACCUCUUCCUCUUUUGAAAACUCAGCCACACUCUCAUUCAAAGAAACUGCUUAAUGGUUCUGGUUUGAAUUUAUCAACUCAGACAUCCAACCACGGAAAUGGUAGUGCAAUGGAUCUUUCCCCUAUUUGUAACAAGAGAAAGAAAGACUUUUUCUCAAAUGGGAAUGACGAAGAUUGUUCUUUGCUUAUUAAUCAGCCUAAUGACCGGGUUCAAGAUUCGAAAAUUCACUGUAUUGAAUCACCUUGGUUAAAUGAGUUUAGUGGUGUAAUGAGGGAUGUAUAUGGGCCAGUGACAGCUGCCAAGACUAUUUAUGAGGAUGAACGGGGAUAUCUCAUAAUCAUCAGUUUGCCUUUUGCUGAUCUCAAUCGGGUGAAAGUUACUUGGUGGAAUAACCUCACACAUGGAGUCGUGAAGAUAUCAUCUGUAAGCACUGCACGUGUGCCCUUUAUCAAGAGAAAUGAUAGAACAUUCAAGCUUACUGAUCCAUCACCUGAGCAUUGUCCUCCAGGAGAGUUCAUAAGAGAAAUACCUUUGCCAACCCGAAUUCCAGAUGAUGCUCAGCUAGAAGCAUAUGGUGAUGAAACUAGGACUGGUCUUGAGAUAAUUGUGCCAAAACACCGAAUGGGACCAGAGGAACAUGAGGUUCGUGUUUGCCUUUGCCCUCAUCUUGGCUCUAAUGAGCUUUGUUGUCGUAAAUGAGCCAUUCAUUGUAGAAAUGUAAAAUAGUUAGUCCAUUAUUUUUGUACUAAAAGAAAAUCAAUUUAAAUUUCCUGCUUAUAGUUAACUUCAUAACUUUUCCCCUAAUUUGGUUAUCUGAUAUUUAUUCUCCUGAGUUUGCUUGUUUUCUAGCACUCAAAAUGAAGUUAAUAGUGUGCG